CAAUCGUAAUUACAGUAUAAUAUAUAUGUGAAAAAUCGAUCUUUUCUGAUUUAAUCAGAGAAAUAAAUAACAAAUUGGUUACGCGGUGUGUUAUCUGAAGUUCCCGUGACGCAUAUUUCAUAAUUUGCAACCAAGCGCAUGCUCGUAUUUGUCGAUGCGGGCGUUUAUAUUGCUAUAAAAUCUGUUAGCAUAAAUGCACUACCGGCAGCUGUGCGAGUAUGUCGACGACGGAGAGUGAGCUGCUUAGAAACAUAAAUGAGAAAAUCGAACUGAUUGAACCUAGCACAGGAAAAUUGUUUUUCGAACACAAAACUGAGCUGGUGUUUGUAAAACCGCGUUUGAUACCCCUGAAGUCUCAGGCUUUGGAGAGUCUCGAGGAAAUGCAUCGCGAAACAGCUCGCCAGCUGCAACAGAAACGCACAAAGUGCAUCAACAAUAACAAGAAAGAGAACGCUGUCGAAGUCGACGUUGUCGCCGCCGCCGCCGCCCUGGCUCCGGCCAUCUUAUAAUAAGGAUUAUCAACUAUUUAUUUGCAAGCAGCUUUAAUAUGGCGUACUU